CGCGGCCAGACGGCGGGAGCGAAGCGCGGCGAGCGGAGGCGGCGAGAGGCGCCCGCGCCGCAGCCCCGGCCUCGCCGAGAGCGCGAAUAUUUUUCAAACGACUCAAACUUUCCUCCUUUCCCCGCUUUCUGGGGUCUCUCUUGGCUGGAAUUGCUCUCCUGAUUCUCGCGGGGCGCCGGGGCGCGAUUCCUCCCCGGGGUUCCUCGGUGGCUCGGUUAAGUUCGCGGACCUGGGGACCCGUGGCUCUCGCCCCUCGGCCGAACCCAGCCAGCGCUGCUCCCCCGCUCAGGAGGGCCGGGGCCAAGGCUCCUUCGCCUCCGGGAGGACGCCCGACCCUGCCCGCUUGGGUCGAGCUACUGAGACCCCAGCCCCCGCCGCAGGACUGGAGACAGUGGAUUGACCCCGAGCGGAGCCCGGGCCUUCCCGUCCCCGCUCCGCGGAGGGGCGUCCCCUGGGCGGGGAAACGACAAGUUUGUCAGUCGUCGGUGGCCUGUUGGAUCGAAGCGUCCCCGCCGCCGCAGAGGGGUCCCUGGCGCCCAGCACACGGAGCAGACAGCCCUGGGGACCCGGGGCGGAUCGGCGGCCGGGCUCCUCGGGCCGGGGCGCUGGCUGCUGCGCCGGGCGCGCCAAGGCACCCGGGGCCGGGCCAGCGCCCCCUGUGUCCCCACGCGGGCAGCGGCCCCGCCGGAGGAGAAACCCGGGUCGCCGCUGCCGCCACCGCCGCCUCCUCCGUCGCCUCUCGGGGGAAGGGGGGACGCAGGGGGCAUCGCGGGGCCCCGGCUGAUGCGCCCCCCGCCACCUCUCGGGCUGCGCCGCCUCGCGGGGAUGAAGCACCGGCCGUGAAGAUGGAGGUGACCUGCCUUCUACUUCUGGCGCUGAUCCCCUUCCACUGCCGGGGACAAGGAGUCUACGCUCCCGCCCAGGCCCAGAUUGUCCACGCAGGCCAGGCGUGUGUGGUAAAGGAGGACAACAUCAGUGAGCGCGUCUAUACCAUCCGGGAGGGGGACACCCUCGUGCUGCAGUGCCUCGUCACCGGGCACCCUCGGCCCCAGGUGCGCUGGACCAAGACUGCGGGCAGCGCCUCGGACAAGUUCCAGGAGACGUCGGUGUUCAACGAGACGCUGCGCAUCGAGCGCAUCGCACGCACGCAGGGCGGCCGCUACUACUGCAAGGCAGAGAACGGCGUGGGCGUGCCCGCCAUCAAGUCUAUCCGCGUGGACGUGCAGUACCUGGACGAGCCCGUGCUGACGGUGCACCAGACGGUGAGCGAUGUUCGCGGCAACUUCUACCAGGAGAAGACGGUGUUCCUGCGCUGUACUGUCAACUCCAACCCACCUGCCCGCUUCAUCUGGAAGCGGGGCUCCGACACCCUGUCUCACAGCCAGGACAAUGGGGUCGACAUCUAUGAGCCCCUCUACACCCAGGGGGAGACCAAGGUCUUGAAGCUGAAGAAUCUGCGGCCCCAGGACUAUGCGAGCUACACCUGCCAGGUGUCCGUACGCAACGUGUGCGGCGUCCCGGACAAGGCCGUCACCUUCCGGCUCACCAACACCACGGCACCACCAGCCCUGAAGCUGUCUGUGAAUGAAACUCUGGUGGUAAACCCCGGGGAGAAUGUGACCGUACAGUGUCUGCUGACAGGCGGUGAUCCCUUACCCCAGCUGCAGUGGUCCCACGGGCCGGGCCUGCUGCCCCUGGGCGCUCUGGCCCAGAGUGGCACCCUCAGCAUCCCUUCAGUGCAGGCCCGGGACUCUGGCUACUACAACUGCACGGCCACCAACAAUGUGGGCAACCCUGCCAAGAAGACGGUCAACCUGCUAGUGCGAUCCAUGAAGAAUGCUACGUUCCAGAUCACCCCAGAUGUGAUCAAAGAGAGUGAGAACAUACAGCUGGGCCAGGACCUGAAGCUGUCAUGCCACGUGGAUGCGGUGCCCCAGGAGAAGGUGACCUACCAGUGGUUCAAGAACGGCAAGCCGGCACGCAUGUCCAAGAGGCUGCUGGUGACCCGGAACGACCCUGAGCUGCCCGCUGUCACGAGCAGCCUAGAGCUCAUUGACCUGCACUUCAGCGACUACGGUACCUACCUGUGCGUGGCUUCCUUCCCAGGGGCACCCGUGCCUGACCUCAGCGUCGAGGUCAACAUCUCCUCUGAGACAGUGCCUCCCACCAUCAGCGUGCCCAAGGGCAGGGCCGUGGUCACAGUGCGGGAGGGCUCGCCCGCGGAGCUGCAGUGUGAGGUUCGAGGCAAGCCGCGGCCGCCGGUGCUCUGGUCCCGCGUGGACAAGGAGGCUGCGCUGCUGCCCUCGGGGCUGCCCCUGGAGGAGACCCCGGACGGGAAGCUGCGGCUGGAGCACGUGAGCCGCGACAUGAGUGGGACCUACCGCUGCCAGACGGCUCGGUAUAAUGGCUUCAACGUGCGCCCCCGCGAGGCCCAGGUGCAGCUGAACGUGCAGUUCCCGCCGGAGGUGGAGCCCAGCUCCCAGGAUGUGCGCCAAGCGCUGGGCCGGCCCGUGCUGCUGCGCUGCUCGCUGCUGCGGGGCAGCCCCCAGCGUAUCGCCUCGGCCGUGUGGCGCUUCAAAGGGCAGCUGCUGCCUCCGCCGCCCUCUGUCCCCGUCGCCGCCGAGGCCCCCGACCACUCCGAACUGCGCCUGGACGCCGUCACCCGCGACAGCAGCGGCAGCUACGAGUGCAGCAUCUCGAACGACGUGGGCUCGGCUACCUGCCUCUUUCAGGUCUCGGCCAAAGCCUACAGCCCGGAGUUUUACUUCGACACCCCCAACCCCACCCGCAGCCACAAGCUGUCCAAGAACUACUCCUAUGUGCUUCAGUGGACCCAGAGGGAGCCCGAUGCUGUCGACCCCCUGCUCAACUACAGACUCAGUGUCCGCCAGGUGGGCCAAGGGGGACAGGGGCCCGGGGGCAGGCUGACCCUAGGAAUGUCCAUCAAGCCAUGGGAAGGGGUUGGAGGCAGGGCUGGACACAUUUGGCCCCCUUACAGGCCACUCUUCAGAGCCAGAGAGGGUGUUCUGGACACAGCAACAGAAGCUGGGAGGCCUCGGGGUGGCCAGGGAGGGCGAAGCGUGACCAGGAGGCCUGAGGAGCCUGACUCUUUGUCUCCUCCCCACUCUUGGCCCAAUGCAGACAACACCUGCCACUUUGAAGAUGAGAAGAUCUGUGGCUACACCCAGGACCUGACAGACAACUUUGACUGGACACGGCAGAAUGCCCUCACCCAGAAUCCCAAGCGCUCCCCCAACACCGGUCCCCCCACUGACAUCAGUGGCACCCCUGAGGGCUACUACAUGUUCAUCGAGACAUCGCGGCCCCGGGAGCUGGGGGACCGAGCCCGUUUGGUGAGUCCCUUGUACAACGCCAGCGCUAAGUUCUACUGCGUCUCCUUUUUCUACCACAUGUACGGGAAGCACAUCGGCUCCCUCAACCUCCUGGUGCGGUCCCGGAACAAAGGGCCCCUGGACACGCACGCCUGGUCCCUCAGUGGCAAUAAGGGCAACGUGUGGCAGCAGGCACAUGUGCCCAUCAACCCCAGCGGGCCCUUCCAGAUUAUUUUUGAGGGGGUUCGAGGCUCUGGCUACCUGGGGGAUAUUGCCAUAGAUGACGUCACACUGAAGAAGGGAGAGUGUCCCCGGAAGCAGAUGGAUCCCAAUAAAGUGGUGGUGAUGCCGGGCAGUGGAGCCCCCCGCCAGCCCCACCCACAGCUCUGGGGGCCCAUGGUCAUCUUCCUCUUGGCAUUGCAGAGAUGAUGAGAGCUGCGUGGCCCCCCCAACCCCGCCCCCGGCACACCAAAGUGUCCGCAUCGUACCAAAGACUGACCCCCGCCAGCCGGGGUGCCCAGGGGCAGGGCCGACCCGCCAGGGAGGGGGCCUGCAUUGGCUGCGAGGAUGAGCAGAGAACAAGGACAGAGGCCCGGCGCUGAGGCCCUGAAGACGGUCGUUUGACACACGCACACACUCACACACGCACACACUCUCACACUCAAACACACACAGAGAUAUAUUAAAGCACAAGUUUCUAUCCGACCUGCCAGCACCUUCUUUUCUGCGGAGACAAGGGACUUGCCGAAAUGGCGUCCACCACCCCAGGGACCUCGGCGCCACGCGAGCCUUGUCCUGGCUGCACCUGUGGUGUGUUUCUGACCUUCCCUCGUUCCUAACUCAGCCCAGUGGCUUUACCAGAAGGGAGCCUGAAGGGAAGCCGACUCGGGAGCCCCACUCUUGGCUGGACUCUGGGACUGCCUGGGAUGGGGGAGGCCGGGGUCAGAGGAGGCCAGGGGGUGCUUUGUGAGCUCUGUGAAUGUCCCUCUGCAGGCAUUGGCGAGGGAGGCGAGGCACCCGCUGCAUGCCCUCUGUUUUCAGGGCAAGGGCUGGAAGGUGGAGACCCCAGGUCACCUUGAUCCCUUGGCCUGUUCUUGGACAUCAUAGCCUCCCCACACUGUGCCCCUUUGAAGGGACGCAGCACAGGGUCUUGGGCCUGGGCAGUCUGAAGACUGACGCCUUCUCUCCUGCCCCGUCUAACCCCACCCCACCCACAAGGAACUGGAUUCCUGAGAGCACAGUCUCCACCCUAGUCAGCUGGCCUAACCUCAGCAGCCCCUACAUCUUGAAGGAGCGGGGCUGGUGGGGUGGAGGGUGGUGGUGGCCAGCCAUUUUCUGGGGUGAGACUUGAUUUUGAGAGGAGCAGAGGAGAAGGCCUGUUUUUGCAAGUUCGUGCCCCCAUGGCAUUUGGGAGUAGAGUGGAGCCUUCAUUUCUUCUAUACUUGGCAUGAAGGGGUGCCCUGGAUAGGAGGGUAUGCGUAGAGGGGGUGCCCCAGCUCCCCCUCCACUGCAAAGCACUGUCUCCUUGGCUGAUCCCUUCCCUGCCCCUGGUCGGUGAAGGAGGGGUUUGCAGCCUGCGAGCUGAGCUCAUGCCCGGAACUGUGAAAGGGCUCCCUGUCCCCGGGUUCUGGGUUGGGAGCCUAGAUGGGCACGGUGGAAUCUAGCCCUCUCCUUCUCAACAUCACCCCGCCCUCCAUGGGAGAGAGGAGGCCCAGCCCCUUCUAGGGUGAGUCUUCAUGCACGUGUGCAUGUGGCCGUGUGUGUGUGUGUGUGUGUGUGUGUGGCUGUGUGUGUGUGUGUCUGUGUCUGUGUAACAUUGUGGGUACAUCUCUGGGCGCAGUGUGUUCAAAUGUGAGCCUGCAUGUACACAUAUCUGUCUGUGAGGCUGGGCCUAACCCCCGUCUCAGUGUGUGCCUGUGGAUGUCGGCACACGUGCCCCCCACCCCAUCACAAGUGACACGAAUGUGUGUGGGGUGCCACUUGCAGCCCUAUUCUGUAGCCUCAAGCUGCUGGCCACCGCCUGAAUUUCUACCUUUCAUCCCCUAAGGAGGACAAAGAGCUUACAGACGACCCCAUUGAAAGGCAAGCCCUGUGGUGGGCUGUGUUACAGGGAGUGCCUGGAGCAUUGGGAGGGGACAGCUGCCGAGAAGGGGGAGCAGGGCGGUGCCAAGAGGCAGGUGGGGAACCAUUGCAAAGGCCACGCAUCUCACGGCUCCGCCAGGCCUGUGCUAUCAUCAUCACCAACAGCUGGUGGGUGGCAGGGCCGGGCCUGGAGCAGGGCCUUUGGAUCCCUGACCAGCCUGGCUGCCUUGUAGGCCCAGCCGAGGCCUCUCUCCAAAAUGAGUGGCUCCAGGUUCCCAGAACACACUUCCAUCACGUCUGCUGAGUAUUGUUCCUUAAUUGUCCCAUCUGUGCAGGGUCUGUAGCCCCCAACUAGACUGUGAGCUCCUCCUCUGCGCCUUCCAACCUUCUCCCCUAGCCCAUCCCAACCUCAUGCCCAGCACAAGUGGGCCUGUUAGGGAAGUCACAGCAGGCUUUGCCCAAUGGAAUGGAUUCUAGAAAUCCGUGGUUCCCAGCCCUCACUGCAGACUAGAACCACCAGAGGGUCUUUUAGAAAGCACGGAUGCUUGGGUCCUACCCCCAGAGGUUCUGAUUUAAUUGGACUGCUGUGCAGCUUGGCGUCAGAAAUGUUUAAAAGCUCCUCGGGAGAACCCAGGAAUGCGAGCCACUGGCCUAUCAGCUGGGGUGGGUAUGGAGAUCGGGAGAGGAAUAGCACCGGGCACCUCCUCGUUGGGGCACUGAGGUCCUUGGUCCUCGUGUGUGGAUGGGCGAGGUUGGUGCCUGUGUGUCUGUGUGUGUGUGUCUGUGUGUGUGUGUGUGUACAGGCAGGUCUGCAGGGAGUGUGGGUGUCCGUGCAUACUAGCACUAACAGUGUGUCAUGGGAGUGCCUAGGGUGUGCCGGUCUGUGUGUGGGAGGAUUGGGGCUGCAAGGAAGGGGUAUAUUUUUGAAUCCCAGUGUUCAUGCGUCUGCAUCUGCCUGUGAGGCAGCACCUCUGUGUCAGUGUCACCUGCGCCAUGGGUAUGAGUGUCUGUGUGCUGGUAGGUGGCCCCUAAAGACCCCCAGCCCAUGGGAGAGCAGGCUGGCUGGAUCCAGCGCCUCUCCCCCGUGGCAGUCUCGCCCUCUGGGUCAGGGUGGCUGAGGCAUUUUGUGGCCUUAAAACAGGGAGUCCAGGGUCAGCUCUCAAGGUGUUGGGGUUUGUUCACCCCAGUUGCCUCCCGAUUGAUGUCUCGAGGAGACCGCUGGGGCCAGGUGCUGUAUAGGUAGAAGGGAGGGAGUCUCAGCUGGGCUGUGCUGCCCCUGGGACCACAGGCAGCCACCCAGGGUGCCCAGCUAAGCCUGCAGACCGCGCCCCCACCUCCCAGGAUGCUUCUCCCACCUUGCAUCUCCCGUUCAUUCUCCUUCCUCCCUGUGUUUAGUGGAAGCCCCUGGCUCAGGCUCUCACUGCUGGAAUGGGCCUCAGAGGUCCAACCCCCUCCUUGUGUAAAUGAGAAAGGUGCGGGGUGGGGGGGGGGCGGAUUGACCCAAGGUCACACAGCCCAUUGGGGUGGAGCGAGCCUUGGAAGCCAGGUGCUACAACCCCAGGGCAGUCACAUCUCUGGCCACUGCCUCCUGUCUGGCAGCAGCACAGAGCUUGGUCAAGCUGCCCUGUCUCUGGGCGCUGGUACAGAUGUUACAGAUGUUCCCGGGCACCUGCUCUAGGAGCGGUACUGUCUCCCCGCCCCAAAUUCUGGCCCCUCGUCCCAGGCCACCGCUCCUCCCACCCUAGAUUGGGCCUGGGUGCCACAUGGACUCUGCCUCCCGCUGCCCACACUGGCUUUAGCUACUGCCCAGGCUCCCAGAUAGAAGGGACUGUUUCACCUCCCCGGCCUUCUGUCUUUAUGCGAGGCUGGGCUCCGAUCGAAGGUCAGUGUGUCUUGGCAUCUUGCCCUGUAGGCUUCCCCCUAAGGACCAACAGGGCUAGGGUGAGAGGGUACAAAGUCUUGUGUUUUCCUCUCCCUGGACUCAGAGGGCUGGGCAGUACUUCCAAGGUCAGUCCCAAGGAAGAGGGUGGAUAGACGUGCUCUGGAGAGUUCCCGUGGGGUUCUGGGCUCUGGGGAGCCCUCCCCACUUCCAAAGGUGAAAUAGCACCACCCUCUCUGUUGAAUCAGUGCUGAGUGUGAGAGUGCGUCUGUGAGGGUGAAGGUGUGAGGGUAAAGGUAUGCAUGUGUGUGGGGGUGUGAAUAUGUUUGUGUGUGAGGUGUGUGUGUGUGUGUGUGUGUGUGUGUGUGUGUGUGUGUGAGGGUGUGUGCAGGGUCAGAAGGACCAGUCCUUCCUAGGGAGCCCUUGACCCUGAGAGCUGGAAGGGACCUUAGAGACCAUCUAACCCAGUGCCCCCAUGGUACAGGUGAGAAAGCUGAGGUCAGAGACAUGGCACUGGCCCACCAUCUCCCCUCCCUUGUGUCACCUGCAUUCAUUUCCCAGGGGCCCCACUUGGAGUGCCCUUCCUCCUGGUACCUCCCCACCCCCUCCCAGCCACCCCCAUAAUCACCAUCUCAGCUCAACUCUGCUGGCCCCUCUGUCCCGGUGGUCUCUAAGCAUCCUUCCUGACGCAGGUGGCCAGCUCACCAAGGCCUUUAUCCCCAACCCAGGAGAAGGGGCAGGGGAAAGAGGGGACUGCUCCAGCCCUGAGGCCUCCCAGACUUGAGAGAAAAGCCAACCCCUCCAUGCCCAGGCCCCCCCCACCACCAAGGUAAAAGCACAACAGGAGACCCUCAUUCACGGGUGAAAGGUAUUGGGGUUGUUUUAGUCACACGACCCCAUCCUCACCCCUUUGCCUUGCUCUCUGUCUCCACCCCAGCCUCUGUCCCCACUUUGUCCCUCUUUCACCCCUAACCCCCCCAAAUGUAACCUCUAGUUGCGGACGCGGUUGUUUCAAUCAAUAAAGCUGCAGUGUUCUAGU